UUUAAGAAAAUAUUAUAUCCGAACCGUUUGACAAAACUGAAGCUGGUGACAAACUAUGCUUUACUCUCUAAUAAAAAUCAGCUCGACUGAGGGGGAUUCAUUUUUGGCGGGAGCCACAGAGCGCCAUUUCGAUAGAGACAAGCAGAGAGUGAGCGAGUGAAGAAUGGGAUCCGAAACCCAAUCAACUCUUCCCAAAUGGGCAUCGAAGCCUUGCAUUAUGGGUAUUGACGAAGCUGGCCGUGGCCCUGUUCUUGGACCUAUGGUGUAUGGAUGCUUGUACUGUGCUCGUUCUUAUGAGAGGACUCUUUCUACUUUAAGUUUUGCAGAUUCAAAGACUCUAAAAGAAGAUAAGAGGGAAGAGUUAUUUGAAAAUUUAAAGGCUAAUGAAUCAAUUGGUUGGGCUGUUGAUGUCAUUGAUCCUAGGGAGCUCUCUGCUAAAAUGCUACAAAAGAAUAAGAUAAAUUUAAAUGAGAUAUCACAUGAGUCCGCAAUUGGACUUAUCACUAGGGUGCUAAACGAAGGAGUUCUUUUGACUCAGGUUUAUCUGGAUACAGUGGGAGAUGCUGAGAAAUAUAGAAUAAAACUAUCUGAAAGAUUUCCUUCCAUCAAAUUUGUUGUUGCAAAGAAGGCUGAUAGUCUUUAUCCAGUUGUGAGUGGAGCAAGCAUAGUUGCAAAGGUUACAAGAGACCGAGCUUUGCGAAAUUGGGUACUUGAGGAAACAGCUGAAGGCAUAAGUAGGAAUUUUGGUUCUGGCUACCCCGGAGAUCCUGAAACCAAGGCCUGGUUGAAACAACAUAAACACCAGGUAUUUGGAUUCCCAACUUUGGUGCGCUUCAGUUGGGGCACAUGCAAUUCCUAUUACAAAGAUGCUGUUGAAGUCUUGUGGGAAUCUGAUAAAAUGGAUGAAGAUGAUUCUGUCAAUAGCAAUGGUAAACGGCAACUGAAGUUGAGCAGUUUUGGUAUCACCAUACCCAAGACGAAGAGCGAAGAAAUAGAAUCAAGUGGUAAAGGUCGCUGCAAGUUUUUCCAAUCCCGUAAACUUGAGCAGCUCUCUCAUUUCUAGCAAAGAGCUCUUGUUUUAUGUCAGCUUUAUUAUCAGACUAUGCUUAUAUGCAUCUUUUACUAAUUACAUUUAGUUGUAGAAUGUCAUUGUCUGAGGAACAACAAUUUAGCAGGCAAUACCAUGACAAUUUUGAAAGAUGAUUAUAUAAUUCACUUUGCCAGUAAA